AAUACAAUUAUCAAUGGGUGUAUACUAUAUAGCAUAUAGAAUAGAAGCUUGCGAGCGAGUCUCAUAAUUUAGUUUGGAUCUGGUCCUUUCUCCACCAUGUGCAUGCUUCAACUCUAAUCUCUAUCUGUCACACCAUUUCCCUUCUACCCACAAACUUAUCCCUCUCCCCCCAUGUUCAGUUGUUCCUCCUAUUUUCUUCAAUUUAAAAACUAAAGAAAAUAAAUUGACCAGAUCACAGUCCUAUAACUAGUCUCCAAGAUCACUUCACCAGUUAGGAACUCUGUAAGGGGCAAACUCGUCACUCGCCCACAAAACUUGAAUCAACAACAGUACUAUAAAUACCAGCAUUGUCAGAAUCCCAAACUCCAAUGCAAGUAGCCACACACCCCUCCCACCGAUUCAUUAACUUCACACACAGACACGGUGUUUCCACCACACCAUAGCAUAUAGUACUAGUAGAUUAAACGCCAAAGAAAUAAAUUACUCACUUUCACGUAAACCAUAACGUGCUUCCACCGCAACCAACCACAAUGGGUGCCGUUAGGUCCAUAACGGUGUUGCUACUAGUGUUAUUUAUGGCCAUGAGCUCCGGCGUGCGCUCGUGUCCGCCGUCGGACAGGGCGGCGCUGCUGGCAUUCAAGGCGGCGCUCCACGAACCCUACCUGGGAAUCUUCAACUCGUGGACCGGCGCCGACUGCUGCCACAAGUGGUACGGCGUGAGCUGCGACCAGGAGACCCGCCGCGUCGCCGACAUCAACCUCCGCGGCGAGUCGGAGGAGCCGAUCUUCGAGCGCGCCCACCGCACCGGCUACAUGACCGGCUACAUCUCGCCGGCGAUCUGCAAGCUCGCGCGCCUCUCCAGCAUCACCAUCGCCGACUGGAAGGGAAUCUCCGGCGAGAUCCCGCGCUGCAUCACGACCCUCCCGUUCCUCCGCAUCGUCGACCUCAUCGGAAACCGCCUCUCCGGCUCCAUUCCCGCCGACAUCGGCAGACUCCAUCGGCUCACGGUGCUCAACGUCGCCGACAAUCUCAUCUCCGGAACAAUCCCAACCUCGCUGGCGAACCUCAGCAGUCUCAUGCACUUGGAUCUCCGAAACAACCUCUUCUCCGGGCCCAUUCCAAGAAACUUCGGUUCUCUCAGCAUGCUGAGCCGGGCCUUGCUCAGCGGAAACAGGCUAAGUGGGGCCAUCCCGAGCUCGGUUUCUCAGAUUUACCGUCUGGCGGAUCUGGAUCUGUCUCGUAACCAGAUUUCUGGGCCCAUUCCGGAGUCGCUGGGUAAAAUGGCGGUUUUAUCGACACUAAACUUGGAUAUGAAUAAACUCUCUGGGCCCAUUCCGGUGAGUCUGUUUAGUUCCGGAAUCAGUGACUUAAACCUGAGCCGGAACGCCUUGGAGGGAAACAUACCGGACGCGUUCGGCGUGAGGUCUUAUUUCACUGCUCUGGAUUUGUCGUAUAAUAACCUAAAAGGGGCCAUACCUAAGUCCAUAUCCUCUGCUUCCUAUAUUGGGCACUUGGAUUUGAGUCAUAACCAUCUCUGUGGCAAGAUUCCCCUUGGCUCUCCUUUUGAUCAUCUCGAAGCCUCCUCCUUUGUCUACAACGAUUGUCUCUGCGGGAAGCCCCUCAAACCUUGCUACUAGCUCACCAUUACAUGCAAACUCAAAUAUCUUGGAAAAAUAUAUGUAUAUUUGCAGUUAGACCAGUGUGUACCUUCCUUAGUUAACUCAUCGGUCCGUUUCAUGUAUCAAUUUGUUGUUUGUUAUCGCGAUCGUGAUAUAGUAAAUGUAGUACUAUAUGAUUGGGCCUACGCUACGCUAAAUAAAUUACUACAACUGUUCUUAUAAGGUCCUCGCACGUCGUUUUUAUCUGCAUGAAUUUGUACCAGGUACUCACUAUCUAUCUAUCAACCAAUUCAACUA